AUGUCGCGAACGCGAUGGCACGAAGGCUGGCAAGAAGAAAUCCGGUUGAUGGACGAAGAACGCGAGGCGCUGGCCACUCGACCCACCCAACUCACCCACAAGCGCAACGCGACACUUCCUAUUUCCUCUAUCAGCAUCCCAGAGCUUCUCUCCCAGGUCUUCUUCCACAUUCUGCACGCCGAAUGGGAUGAGUAUGAGACCCUGCGCUCCGUCCGGUGGGUGUCGCAGGUGUGCCAGCGAUGGAGGCAUGUUGCGCUCGACAACGCGUCGUUGUGGACGCACUGGGACUUGACGGAGUGCAUGCGCCACCGACGAUGGCAUGCCGUGUUGGUACAUCGCGCUGGGUCGCGUCCGCUCACCAUUCGUGCGGAAUUUCAUGUUACUACCCUGGGCUGCUACUACUUGGACGUUAAGGCCGUGAUGGACGACUGGGCGCCGCGAAUCGCGUCCUUCGAAAUGGUAGUCUCAGAGUCCGAAGAUUCCUAUUAUCAUUCUACGAAACACUUACCAGACGUACUCAAGGACACGCCUAUGCCAGCACUCGAAACGCUCAUCAUCACCCACGAAGACCCGGCAGGCAACCUCGAGCUCAAAGGCAACACUCGCUUCGCCUGGCUCAAUAAAAUAGCACCUAAGCUGCGCCAGUUCACACUACACGGCGUAUCGAUGUUCCGCCCCCUCCAAGACACCAUGUUCUUGGCCCUCACUUCCCUCGACAUCGCCAUCAAUUGGGAGCGCUACGUCGUAUUUCGUGAAAAUCACUUGCUUAGAUUUGCCCUUUCACGAAUGCCCGCCCUAGAAGCCCUCAAACUCCGUAUCCUACUCACCGGUUCUCGUCAUGAUUCUGAGCCAAGCACCUGGCACAGAACGCAUGCAAACACCAUUGGGCUCCCCAAGCUCCGGCACCUCCAUCUCGUGGGGGAUUGGCAUUACACUGUCGUCCAUUUCCUUACCUGGUUGGUGAUACCAUCGGAAUGCUCAAUGUUCGUGGGCUCUCUGUACGUACAACCCGACGAUUGCCUCGACGAGCUCGCACCGCUCCUUGCCCAGCACAUCCCAGAGACCAAUGACGGCGUACGAGGUAUUGAGCCGUGGCGGUUCGUGUUCAUGCCACAUGUCUGCUACACGAGCUAUAACGCGGUGCAAGGGCGAAACGGAAUGAGAAUGUACCACCCGGCCCUCGGGAGGAUGUUCUGCUUUUCGGUCGAGACGGAGUACCCGAAGGAGGCUGGCCAGGCGAGAUGUGCAUUGUCGCCAGCUCAGUGCCUUUCCCUCGUUUCUUCGUGGAAGAAAAGGAAUGCGGCGCCUUCGCUAUGUCUCCGUUUCGACAAGGCCUUCCACAGCGACUGCCUCACCCCCGAGUCCGAAUUCGUUGGGACGCUACUUGGGAACUCCCAAGCGAAGAGAUUGUCCCUCACAAACGACACAACGGUACAAGCUGUCGCUGCUCAUCUGCGCAAACAGGGACCAGACGGUGCGCCUCUGCACCUUCCUUUCCUCGCAUACAUCUACCUAUACCACGUCGAUUUCUCAAAUCGAGACACCGCACAUUCGCUCCGCCCCCUCUUCGAGUCUCGCAGCAAGAUGGGAGCUCCGAUCUUGCGGCUCGCGUUGUUCAACUGCGGCCUUUGGGACAAUGUCGAGUGGCUUGCCACGCCUUUGCUAGUUGAGUAUCUCAGACGCUGCACAUCAUUCUUGCCAGAUUCUGAAGAAGAGUCGGAUGAUAGAGAAGAGGGCAUCGACGAUGUUUUGCAGCAAGAUGAAUGA